UAUCAAUAAUUAACAUGUAUCAAUACUCUUUGGGUCCAUUGAAAUGCACAUUAUUCAAAUCCAUAUAAAGAUGAUAAUGAGAAAUAUCUGUUGAUAUCUUUCUGGCCACACGUACAUAUGGUCUAUGUAGAGACGUACUUAGGUGGAUUCUUUUAUUAUACAUGUACAUUAUUUUGUUGUAUUUAUGAGCACCUAGGUUUUAGCAUUAUUUUAGCUAGUAGUUACGGACUCCAACACAAUGUAAUUGUAUAUAUGGAGGCUUCUCCUCUGCGCAAUAACAGAUUGAAUCAGCUCGAUCAAAUACUCCUCCUUAUUUAACAUGGUAUCAGAGCCAAAUCGAUCCAUGGUGUGGGUUCCCUUAUGAAAAAUGAUUGACACGAUUCUAAAAAAAUGACAAUGACGAAUUGACGAAAAAAAAUGAAUGACGGCACGAUCCAGACGAAGAGUUUGGUCGUGGGAAAGGGUGCUAAAUCCCACACCAGAAAUAUUUGAGUUAACGAAGUGCUAUAUUAAGACAUGAGUUACUCCUUCUAUCAGGUUGAUCUUUUAGGAUGGAACCCCGUACCAGAACGGGAAAACAAAUCCUGAUUCUCUGCGACCACGACCUAUGGCGAACGAUACCGAGAGCUCCUCACAUGGUGUCCAACGAGCUCCUGGCAAAUCAAACCGACGGAAAAUCAAUGACCCCAGUUCUUCAUACUACCUGUCAAAUUCAGAUGCGGCUGAUGGAAAUCCAAACUCAGAUUUUACACGUGUGCCAGGCUUCACCAAAGAGCAGUGGCAAAGCUUUCUGAAGUUGGUACAAAACUGUAAGGCCUCAUCCUCUCAGAAAAAACUUUCAGGCACGGUCAUGAAUGUUGAGUGGCUUUUAGAUUCGGGUGCCUCUUACCAUAUGACAGGGACUGCAAAACUCAUAAAGAAAGUUGAAAAAUUGGGAUCCAUACCGGUAACUUUGCCCAAUGGUGCGGUUACACAAGCGACACAUAUGGGAUCAACCUACGAGGACACCGAUUGGAGUGGGUAGGCGAUAUGGGGGAGUUUAUUAUUUUCACAGUCUGGCCGAUAUUCAAGCUUGUCAAAUGACGACUGUGGAAUCAAGUGGUUUGUGGCAUUCCCGGUUAGGGCAUCCUUCUAUAAAAGUGUUGCGCUCCAUUCCUAGUUUGAAUAAGUUGUUUUCUUCAUCUGAACUUAAUAAGCAUUGUGAUCAUGUUUACGUGGAAAACAAGCUCGUGAUGUAUUUCCUAUUAGUUCUGCUCGUGCUAUUGAACCUUUUGAGCUAAUUCAUUGUGAUGUGUGGGGACCAUAUAGAGUACCUGCUACUUGUGGAGCUAGAUACUUUUUGACUAUUGUUGAUGAUUUUUCACGUGCUGUAUGGAUUCAUUUAAUAAAAGAAAAAAGUGAGGUGC